AUGGAAAACAAAGAAGAGAGUAUAUGCAUCAUAGGAGCUGGAAUCAGUGGCCUUCUUGCCUGCAAAUAUGUACUCUCAAAGGGCUUUUCUCCAGUGGUUUUUGAAUCUUCCAGCUCCAUUGGCGGAGUAUGGACAAAAACACUUGGAAGCACUAAGCUCCAAACUACCAAAGGAUUCUUCCAAUUCUCAGAUUUCCCCUGGUCACCUUCUGUUGAUACAAAUUUCCCCAGCUCACAUCAAGUCUUGAACUACAUUCGGUCCUACGCGAAACACUUCAAUUUGUACCCGCACAUCAGAUUCAACUCUGAGGUGUUAAGCCUGAGCUAUGAGACGUUAGAUCAAAAGACACAAACAUCCUGGACCAGUGACGGCUCUGGUGAGCUAUUUAGCAGUAACGGGACAUGGGUAGUGACUGUUCAAGAUACUGAAACAGGAUCUACUAAGAUUAUCCGGUUCAAAUUUGUAAUACUGUGUGUUGGACGAUUUAGUGAUGAGCCAAAUGUGCCUGAAUUCCCAGUAGGUAAAGGGCCUGAAGCUUUUCUAGGUAAUGUCUUACAUUCAAUAGACUACCAAAACAUGGAUGACACCUCUGCUUCUGAUUUCAUCAAAGGAAAGAGUGUUGCCGUUGUGGGAUUCCAGAAAUCUGCCCUGGACAUCGCGAUGGAGUGUUCCAACACAAAUGGAGUUUAUCAUCCAUGUACACUUUUGUACAGGACAAAGCACUGGAAUGUGCCUGAUUACCUUCCAUGGGGGAUUCCAUUGGGAUUUCUGUACUUGAAUCGCUUCUCUGAGCUUUUAGUUCAUAAACCCAAUGAAGGUUUCUUGUUAAGUCUCCUGGCAACUUUCCUUUCACCUUUGAGAUGGAUGUUCUCCAAACUUGUGGAAAGUCACAUAAAAAAUAAGCUGAGCCUUAGCAAAUUCGGAAUGGUUCCCGAACACAGUUUCCUGAAUGAAAUACACUCUUGCUUGAUCUCCACUGUUCCCCACCGGUUCUAUAACCAGGUAGAAGAUGGAAGCAUCAACCUCAAGAACGCCCUGAGCUUUGGUUUCUGUAAAAAUGGAAUCUUGGUUGGCAAUGACAAGCAGGAAGAAGAGGAGGUGGUGGAGGCAGAUGUGGUGAUACUUUGCACAGGAUUCAGGGGCAUCAACAAGCUAAAACGCAUCUUUGAAUCUACCAUUUUCCAAGAUUACAUUGCAGGGUCAAAUGAUGCUGCAGUACCUCUCUACAGGGAGUGCAUUCAUCCAAGGAUUCCACAGCUGGCAGUGAUAGGAUUUUCAGAAAGCCUUUCGAAUCUGUACACAUCGGAGAUGAGGAGCCGAUGGGUGGCGGAGCUCCUCCUUGGCACCUUCAAGCUUCCAAAUGUUGAGGAAAUGGAGAAAGACAUAGCAGCUUGGGAUAUUUUCAAGAAGAAAUACUCUAGAAACUACUACAGAAGAUCAUGCAUUGGUGCCUUGCAUAUAUGGUACAAUGAUCAGUUGUGCAAGGAUAUGGGCUGGAAUCCUAACAGAAAGAAUGGUUUUCUUGCGGACCUGUUCCUGCCUUAUGGCCCCCUCGAUUACACCACAAAGGGGCCUGCCCCUAAUCUCUGA